GUUCAGACUGGUCUGGACUUCGCUCUGCAUGCGUGUUAUUCUGCGGUCUGUUUCUAUAAAGCUAACCGUUCAUUUAAACGCAUUUUCUCCGUCCUUUCAUGCUGGUUUUAAAUGUCCGCUGCCAUGCAGUGCAGGAUUCUCCUGCUAACCGCCGCUCUGAUGUCAUCUUCUCCCGCCUUUGGGACCACCGAAUUGAGGAAAAUAUGGGCCUUAACUGGAGAAACGGUCAUCCUACCCUGCCGUACCGAUACACAGAAAGGCCUUCCAACAGUAGAGUGGUCCAAAGAGGGUCUGGACCCUGAUAUCAUCUUCCUUUACCGGGACGGCUUUGAGGUCCACGCAGAGAAGAACCCAGCGUUCUGGUACAGGACCAGCCUCAUCAUGAGAAAUCUGAAAUAUGGAGACAUCUCGGUGAGGAUUACCGAUGUCAAGCUGUCUGAUGCGGGGAAAUACACUUGCAAGACCAUCCACAUGAAAGACCAGAAGAACACUAUAGUGGAACUUGUUGUUGGUGCCAUCGCUGAGCCUAGACUCUCAGUAAUCCCGCCUUUGAAUGGUGUUGGAUUGACUCUGCAGUGUGAGUCCGGUUGCUGGUCGUCGAAGCCUGAGGUAACAUUUCUUGAUGACGUUGGAAGAGAAUUCAGUGCUGAUGAGCCACAGUUUGAGCUGGAUUACGAGGGAUGUUUCAACGUCACAAGGAGAGUGGCUUUGCAGAACCCUACCAACAGAGUCACCUGCAGAGUUUCCCAGCCUGAGAUGAACCAGAUGAAAACUACCGAGAUUUUCAUACCAGAUGAAUGCAUGAAAACCUGCAGUAUAGACAUCAUCACAACAGCAGCACUAUCAGUACUUCUGUGUGGACUGUGUGGACUAAGUAUAUUCUUCUUAUGCAAGAAAUUACGAGGCUCUGCAGGUAAACAAGAACCAGACAGGAAUGCAGGUAACCGUCGAGAAUCAAGCCAAGAGUGUGACAGCGACUCCGAGGCUGAGCAUCAGACAAACUGUGAGGACUUGAGGAGAACCCUUCAUGCCAAAGACGAGAUCAUCCAACAACUAACCAAUGAGCUAAAUCAACUGAAGUUGAUGCAGAUUCCUGCUAACAAUCCUGACUCCUUAAACGUACCACAGGACAGUCAAAGCUCCAGCGCCUCGACUCACAGCUGUCCUGCUUAUUUUACUGAUGAUGUUGCAGAGUUGCCUGACUCCUAUUCGGUGUCUUCCUCAGGUGAAACAAAUACUGCUGGUCCGAAGCACAUGUCUGAGUCUUGGCCUCCUUCAGACAGUGCCAGGCCCCUUCGUAGAUACACGUAUUCAGGCUUUCCUAGAAACAGUAUUCGUCUUAAAAUGGUACCUGAGGAGUUGGAGCAGUUACUCACGUCCAAAAAGCUUGAUCAGGUGUAGUGAUGCAGGAUUUUAGUGGUACUGGUCAGUGCAAGUUCAGUGAGCUUUUUGUCAACCUCAAAGUUCAAUCAAGCACUUUUGACAGUGCCAUGAUCUAUACAGAGGCAUGUGUUAUAGACAUAGAGAUAUAGAUUUAUAGAGAGUUACAGAAAUUGAUAGUUGAAUGAAUUAGCUUUAUAAAUUAACUGUUCAAAUAUUCAGAAAUCACUGCCCAUCCCUAGGGUUUUAUCUCCUGCCAAUGCUAAUGAUGGUUUGCUAGCUAUGACCUGACAGCAGGCUUAACUCUGAUAUGGGCUAAUGCUAAUUGCUAAAUGCUAAUAUUUUAAAAUGCUUGGGUUAUCAAAGGGUUAAAAGAGUCUUGAUUUUGACUUUUUAUUACCCCAGCGUUCAAACAAGUAGCUUUAAUAUUAGGUACCUCUUUGUGACUUAAAUGCACCACUUUAGUUUUAUCUUUCUUCAAAGUUAACCAUAGUUUGCUAGCUUAUGAGCUAAAGGAAGGCUAAUGGGCCGUAUAUAGGCUAGUGCUAACAGUCUGGAAUGUGUAGAUGGAUGUGCAGAGUGGCGUACCUCUUUAAUAUUAUUACCAGCUGCACUUCUGCUUUAAGCUUUGAUUUUCCAAGUGUCUGAGCUCGACUGAAUAGAUGGAUCACAUCCUUUAUUAGGUCGUCUUUCAGUCAGAAGCUAAAUUGCUUCCUCGCUGCCUCUGUGGUGAAUGGGUAAAGGUGACCUGUGGUGUAAAAGCGCUUCGAGUAGUCUGAUGACUAGAAAAGCGCCAUACAAGCUCAAGUCAUUUACCAUUUACAGCAUUCAUCCAGAAGAUAUUGUCUGUUUAUACAAGUCUGAAUGUUGUUGAGGAAUCGUAUUGAUCUGUUUAAAAGCUAAUAUUUUUGUAUUUAUUUCCAGUUUAAUGCUAAGUCAGACUUCCUAUACCAGCCAACUUAAGCGUCACAGUUAACCUUCUAGGUGUUUCUUUUUUAAGUGUUUUGCUAUUGACAAAAGCGCAUACUCAAUUGACUUCUUAUCACUUGUUUCACAUCAUGUUACUGUAGUUUUUAAUUUUUGAGUUUAUUUCAUGCUUGCUAAAAGGCCUGAGGGAGAUAUGGAUUUUCUAAAGGGAUUUGAUUUAGUUUUAUAAGUGGUUUUAAUGCCUGUUUUUUUAAGUGUAGAUAACUGCAUUAAUUUUAUUUUUGUUUAGACACUUUAGAAACCCUUUUAAAUCUAAAAACAAGCUCAUAAAUAAUAAGCUACUUCCUACAAAGGAAUUCCUCUUUUGUCUUUGCACAGUGCAUAACGCAACUGUUGUGCUUCCCCUAGAGUAAAUAUAAAACUCCCCUAAUAAGAAUGUCAAUGAAUAAAAUAGUUUUGCACUUAGGUUUGCACUUGUGAUAGAACAGAUAUUUUUGAAUAUUUGUCAGUGUGUUUGUCAGUGCUUUUAGUCUGGAUGUACGGGUCUUUUUAAGGUCUUAUUCUUUCCAGCAAUACUCUGACAGUUUUGGUCUGCCAAAGAGAUUGAUGGAAAAAUGCCGUCUUCAAAGUGGAAUGGUAUAUUCAGUGUUUUUGCCGAACCUCUGAGGAUAACUCGGCUCCUUCAGUUAAGGAUGAAAUUAUUAUCCCCUAUAAAGAUGUGUUGUUGAAAAAAAGCAUGAAAUUUUCAACACAGCUUUUCAUAGAUUUUUCAAAGAUUUAUUUUGGAUGCUUACAUUAUUUUACUUUGCACACGGGUGCAAAAUUAUUUCACAAAAACUAGCAGGGUAAUACAUUAUUAGCCCCACUGACGCUGGUAGUCAGUUGAGUCUCCUUUUUGCUGGAUAACAGCCUGCCGUAGUUGUUGUAGUUUCUAACAAGUCUCGGACACGUCUCCUGAGUAAUCUCUGCCCUUCUUCUGUGGCCAAUCUCUUAAACUUCUUCAGAUUUGAUGGCCUUCUGGCAUGGACCUUGGUCUUCAGUUCACAACAAAGAUUUUCAGUGGGAUUCAUGUAUGGGCUUUAUGCUGGCCAGUCAGUAACCUUCACUCUGGUCUUCUGGAGGUUGUUUCUUCUCUUAUGUUUUGGGUCGUUGUCAUGUUGGUGGACAAGGCAACAACCCAGACCCAGUUUUGUUGCUGAUUGUUUCAGAAUCUUCCCAUAUCCUUCUUUCUUCAUGAUUCCUUCCGCCUUACAUCAAGAAAAAGAUGAAAAAGAAGACCUCAGUCUCAACUACAACUCCUGGCUAGCUUUGAAGCUCACAACUGCCAAUAACUGCCACAGAACACUGCCUGGUCAACAGCAGACUACUGAAUGCUACCUGUUUACGUAGCAUGGUGGCGGCGAGUACUGAUGCAGCAGCCUGGGGCUCCAUCACUAGCAACAAAACAAAGUCCUACACUCAUACCAGAACUGACAUUCUGUGUGUAAGAGGCUGCUUCUUUGACUACUGCAAAGGAAGCGUGCCCAUGGAGUUUACAUCCUUACUGGCGGAGAUUACCCGUAGAACGGGGCGCUCGGAGACUGAAAGGAGGAGGAUGGGGAGGCAGCACGACUCCUACAGCCAGGUGGAGACGGUGUUGUUGCGAGAAGGCGGGAGCAGGGCAAACGAGCUGGGCUGCAGGCGAGGCUAAGAGCAACCCCCCACAUAUCUGCCGUACCAAGCACCAGUAAGACUAGAGAGGGUAUUUGGCUCUCCCCUCCCUCCCCUUAAAGACAUCUACCAGAGUCGUCUCAACAAGUGGGCCUCCAGGAUUCUGAUGGACCCCUCGCACCCUGGACACUGUUCAGCAUCACCCACACAAACCUGCCAUACCAAGCAUCUUUCUUGUGGGUGCCCACCCCCUCACCAGCGGGAUGGAUGACGUGGGGCUGUGGAUUUCUAACCACCGCUUGGAUGACUGUGUUUGCUGCUACAGAGGAAACUGCCAAAUGGAAUUUCAUUGUAUUUGUACUAUGCAAUGACAAGACACUAUCAUUAAUCUAUCAUUUACCAGAUUCCUGGUUCCAGUCGGUUUCUUGAGUUUAAUAAUUAUUUGAAAUGGCAUUCAGAUGAACCCGGCAUUCACCAUCUCUUCCGCAAGUUUUGCAUAUAACUCGCUCGCUCUUGUUUUACUCUCCAGCUUCACCUGGAAUUCUGUCGAUGCCUGGAUCGCAACCCAACAUUUUGUCUCCUCAGCAGACCACUUUUUCUCUAUUUUCUGCUCGUCUUGAGCUUUGAGUAUUACAAAGUCAAAGAACAUCAUUGCACAACAGUGGUUUGUGGUCUGGCUCCACCAAAUGCUCAGUUCUAAAGGGGGGUAAUAAUUCAGCCCCUGGUAGUUUUUGGUUUUUGUGAAAUAAUUUUGUUUCCCUGUAAAAUAAUGUAAGCAUCAAAAAUCCUUGCUCUGUUUAACAGCACUAAGGACUUUUUAAAAAAUUAAUAAUUUCAUCCUUACCUGUACAAAUGUUUUCUAACAAAGUAAUGUCACUCUUUUUUUAAAGAGUCUAAAACAAGGGUUCCUGGAAGACAUGGCAAGUUUGGUUCAAAACCUACCUUAGAUGUUAAACAGGGAAGACAUCUGGGGACUUUUAUGGUUUUUCAGUGACCGCUUGUGCCUUAUGAAUGGUGCGUAAUGGUCCUACACCAGCCUUUCCUUUAAGAGAAGGUGGACCAAAGUGGCAGCUCAAGGUUGAACAACCCUGGUUUUACUUUGAUAAGUCUCUUUGCAAAAGCCUGACGAGCACAUUUCACCUUCCAGUUGACUUGUUUUUGCUCAGAGGAGCUGGUACAACACAGCUGUUUACACUUUUUGAAUGAUCAGAGGUUCUGCUGUGAGUUUUGAAACCUCCACUCCUCUAUAGCAGAGUUUUUUUCCAAACCAGUUUUCCACCCCACUUCAAAACACCAGUCAAACACAGCCAGCUGAAAUCGACCUUCUUCUCAUCCUUUUUAGAACAAUACAGAGGUUGGAAUGUGGUUAGAUCAACCUCUUAUCUGAUGUUGACUUUCUUUAAAAUACAUGUGAGGCAGCUGUUACACUCCUGAAUGUCUUUUCACCUUUACAGUUUUUACUGUUCUUUUAAAUUGAUUUACUUUUGUAGAAAAAAGACUGCACUUUCUAUCUCUGUUGUAUUUUUAUGACCUUUAUUUUUGCAUGUUGCACUGUACAUUGCAUUUUUUUCACAGACUUUAUUGUAGCACUUUAUAUCAUCAUUUCCAGUGGUCACGCUAUCUCAUUUUUGUAUUUUUUUUAAAUUUUGCUUUGUAUAAUUCUGUACAAAACAAAGAGCACUACUAUGUCUGUCUUUACACACCUUUAAAAAACUGUGAUGAAUAAACAGCCCCCUCUGGUGGAAAAAUCA